AUGGGUCACCAUACCAUGCCUCUCUCUCGCAUCCCAGACUUGAAUCUCCCAUCUUUUCGAGAGCUGGACGAGUCUGUCGAAGCCAACAGGCGCAACCAGCCGCGCUCGCAUGUUUCUAACAACAUGUACGAUGGAGUAGGCAACAGAUCCUCGUCUUCGCCCCAGGAUAUCAAUACCCUUCCCAACCCGUAUCCACCCUAUCCAGCUAAUGGAUGGCUUGUCCCACCUGACCCCAGCCAGAAUGCGUUUCGAGAGCCCGGAUUUACCUACCAAGAUGUCUCUGCUGGGGUUCUUCAACCUAAUGUGAACGUGGAUAGAGGUAAGGAAGAGAUGACAAAAUCCUACAUCUCCGCACAGUGCAGCUCACAAGCCCAUCCCACAGAGCACCAUCUCGUCCCUCAACUCCCUCAACUCGCUCUACGCCCGAAGGAAACCCAGGUACUUCAGGCAUCCCCAACCCCGACGCAGUCAACUCUUAGCUCCGCACAGACGGCUCUCCGCGAGACCCUAUCUCCAAGCACGCAGGUGUCAUCAACCCCGGAGAAUAUCUCCCCCAACGCGCCUCGACGAAUCCCGACAAACCGAGUACCACCGAACAAGCAGAUCAACCGCCAAAGGAUCAACCGCGACGCAGGCGCAAACCACCGAGCCCAGAGACGACGAGUCGGCGUCCACUUCUCAGAAGUGGCAGCCCACACCGCAAAGUGCGAUGUAUGCAACAAGCGCAACAAGAACGGCAUGUCCCGCUGCCAGAACUGCGGCUGGCAAGUCUGUCGCAAGUGCCUGACUGACCGAAACGGAGACAGAACACACGCUUCCUUUGGAGCUACUCAUGUCCCCGAGGGCGGCGGCGAUAUGCCGGUAUCUUCGCCACCAGUGGAUGGGACUGAAGAUCGCCAACCUUCCAAGUCGUUUGCUGAAGUCAGGGCAGCGCAAACCUUGCUUGACCUUGGAUCUUUCAGUAACGGAACCGGAACCGGAACGCCUACUACUACCGGAGACGUGAAAGGUGCUGCAGGUGGACAGAAAGUGGCUCCUGCGCGUAACCGAGUCUUGAAGCAGCAGGGGGAUGCUUUGUCUACUGAUUCUGACAUGACGUUGUCGGUUGUUGACGAUGAGGAGUGGGCUCAGAAUGAGUCUGAUAUCCCUAUUGGUGAGGACGGUCUGCCUAUUGGGUAUGUCAUAACUCGACGCAACCCUGCGCGUGCUGCGAGACCUUCUACCAAGAUGGCGGAGUAA